GUCGUCGGUUGUGGUUGCUGUCUGUGUUCCUUGUCGGACUGAGUACUAUUAGCUAUCGCGUCAUAUACAUUGGUGUAUGGAAGAGUUUUCAUGCCCGACAACCUUGUGCAACUCUAUGGGAAAGGGUUGGUUGUCGAUCAAAGUAUCCAAUACUUCGCUGUAUGCCACAUCAGAGAAGUCCAGAGGAACGACACCACGACACGGUUGUGACGACGUUCGACUCUCUGUUAUAUCUCGAUGCUUGUCGUCAUGACACUUGUUCUCUAGUUGGCUCAUCCGGGAAUUUGAGAAAUUAUUUGCACGGGAAACUGAUUGACAAAAGCGACGUCGUCAUUCGUGUCAACAAUCCACCAAUCAGAGGAUACGAGGAUUAUGUGGGGACACGCCCAGCUGAUAUAUUAAUAUUUAAUGAUCAUAUUGCCAAUUGCUUUGGUAACAGCACUCAUCCAACUCUGUAUAUCCGUUCUACAGACAACGCUUUGACGAAAAAUGGAGGCGUUAUUAAGAAAUGUCAAGCACAUUGGGUUGCACCUUUGUACUCCUUCUCCAGGUUUAUUCAACAGCAAACACGGGCUGCAUUGCUGUAUUAUGCUGAGAGGUUUCCUUCUACACGCCUCUCCAUUCAUGCUACCAGUGGUUUGAAAGCCGUCCUGUUUAGCAUGAUGAUAUGCAGGCAGGUUGUGCUGUUUGGAUUUGGAAUGCAAGGAGCGAAGACGUGGCAUUAUUAUCCUCCUUACUCGAACUACACACCUUCUCACCACGACAUAUCUAUAGAAACAAGAAUAAUACAAGACCUAGCGAAUGGAACGUUUAGAAGUAGUCUAGCUGAUUUUCGAGAUGACACGUUUGGCAAACUAAAUAUUACAUUGUUGGGGUAUUGACGAAUAAAAGUUGAUUAUGAUAACAUCAGACAGCAAAAGCAAGAAUUGAGAUUACUCUACAAGUCCAUGCAGUUUAUCCGGUCAGUAGUGGACCAGGAUUUACCUAAACGAGAGGCCUAACUGUCUAUUUCCCGUAAGUGUAAGGAAG